AAGCCUGCGAGGGAGCAGCCGCCCGCCGGAGACCGCCCCACCGGUCCGGGCACCGCGGGGCCGGCGCCAACCGCCGACUCCUCGGAGGACUCCGACUCCGACUCGGAUUCGGACUCGGACAGUGAAACAGAUUCAGACAGUUCAAGCUCUUCCUCUUCCUCAUCUUCCUCAUCAUCUUCCUCUUCCUCUCAUUUAUCACUUCCUGCAGUGCUGUCAGAUGGAGAAGAUGACUUACAAAUGGAGAAGGAAAAUAAAAAUUUUCCUCUUAAGACGAAAGAUGAAUUACUUCUUAAUGAAUUACCGUCCGUGGAAGAACUCACUAUUAUUCUGCCUGAAGAUAUUGAAUUAAAGCCUCUUGGGAUGGUUUCAAGUAUUAUUGAACAAUUAGUAAUAAUUGAAUCUAUGACUAACUUACCUCCAGUUAAUGAGGAGACUGUAAUUUUUAAAAGUGAUCGACAUGCAGCCGGAAAGGUAUUUGAGAUUUUUGGACCUGUGGCACAUCCAUUCUAUGUGUUACGGUUCAAUUCUUCAGAUCACAUUGAGAGUAAAGGUAUUAAAAUAAAAGAGACUAUGUAUUUUGCUCCGUCAAUGGAAGACUUCACCCAAUAUAUAUUCACAGAUAAACUUCAACAGGAUAGGGGGUCAGAUGCAUCAUGGAAGAAUGAUCAGGAACCACCACCAGACGCCUUAGAUUUCAGUGAUGAUGAGAAGGAAAAAGAAGCCAAACAGAGGAAAAAGUCUCAGAUUCAAGGCCGGAAAAAACUUAAAUCUGAAUGCAGUGAGCCAGGUGAAGACUUUGCUGAAGUCCACCAGAAUUGGAAUGCUCACGGCUCUGCUCUGGAGCAUGCGAAAGGAUACCGCAACAGAGAGUUUACUCGGGGCUUCUCCAGGGGUAGAUACCCUCGGCCUUGCCACAGGCCUCUGCAGGGCUACAGCUCAGAGCAUAGGGCGUCCCAGGAGACUUCAGGGUUUCCACCUCAGAGACAAGAUAGUCCUGUCAUGCCACAGUAUCCCUUCCCUCCUCCGGUGUUUGACAUGCACAGUUUCUCACUCCCCCCACCACCGCCCCCAUUCAUUUUGGAUCUUACUAUUAGGUGA